AUGAGUGAAUUGGAUUUUCGAAAAGUUUCUUACAAAAGAAAAAGUAACAAACAAUCAGCGAAUAAAAAAUUAGAUAUAAUAAAUAGUUCUCCGUUUGGCGGAGAUUUCGAUAUAAACAUCGCAUCAAGGAGAAUAAUCGAAGCAAAAUUGGAAAUUUCCUCUACGGAUUUAUACGAUUCGUUGAAAUCGUCAUUGAAAGAAGGUUUAAGCGAAUUAGAAAACCCUAGAGUACAUAAAAUCGUUUGUUUGGGAUUAGGAAAGAUCAGUGAGUGUCUAACGGCCCGUUACCAAUUAGUUAUAAUGCUUAGUUUAAGCGAGUUAUUUAACUGUCCCUUAUUCGCGUACGAUCCCGUUUUUAGCGAGAACGAUAAGACUGUUUUAUCGAAAUUUAACGUUACCGUUUUAACGGACAAUCUAGAAGGCAAAUACAAAGUGAAUAGUAGCGAAACGACUAUAUUUUACAUGCCUCAUUGCCCCAAACAGCUAACUAACAAUCUUCUAUGGGCCAAUUGGGGAUUGAAUCUCAACUAUUGCGUUAUAUUCGCCAAUAGUUUCAGUAAAAUCAUCGAAUCGAAUCCGAGCAGGGACUUGGUAGCGAACGCCGGGUACAUCUCGAAGAUAUACCCCUACGUUCUAGAAUUACCCGUGAUCAAUACGUUCAAAUAUUACGAAAUUUUCAACGAUUUGGCCGUACACGUGUUCCCCAAGCUAAAAAUGGUGUGCGCCGAUCUGUGGAAGAAUUCCCUCGAACCGAUUUACAAACAAACCGAUUUAGAAUUCAUCACUAACUGUUAAUUAGUCCGUAAUAUAAAC